CUCUCUUCUCUCUUCUCUCUUCUCUCCUCUCUUCUCUCUCUCUCUCUCUCUCAAAGCCCAAGGUCAACAACAAGAGGAACUUCUUUGCACUCUUUGAAACGUCCAUGGGGUAUCUGAGUCUUGUUGGUCAAAGAAGAAUGCACCGACCGUCAUUGUAUUGAGAGCUACGCUUCUAGCUUCUGCUUAUUCUGAGCCUGCUGCCUGCUACUUUCCUCUCUUCUUCUUCUUCUUCAUCAUCAUCUCACAGUCACAGAAUUUCCCAUCAGCAAUCUCAGCCCUAGAAAAAAGAAAAGCAAAAAACCCACAACAAUAACAACAAAAAAGAAAGAGGAAAGUUGGAAAAGAAGUGUUGCUUUAGAGUUUAGGCCAAAACCCACCUGCUCUUUUUUUCUCUUCUUCUAUCUCUUUUUCUUCUUCCUUAGAUCUUCAAGAUCUAGGAAUCGAGGAAAAAAAACAAGAGGUGAGGGUUUGAUUUUCGACUUUUUUUCUUUUAUCAUGAAUUUCGGGUCAGCUGCUCGAGAUGGGGGUUUCUCUACUGAAGAUGAAAACAACAUGGUGAGAGGUAAGCUUCCUUUCUCCUAUGCCUCCUCUCCAUCUUCUUCUACUUCUUCUGCUCAGUACAACAAAACCACCAGCAUAGCCACUCUUGUCCCUUCUGCUCACUACAACCGUGCCGGCUACGACGACGGCCCCGACACAAAGCUCGAGCUCAUGGACUCAUCGCCGAGAGAUAGAGAUAAUAAUGAAGAAGACGACGGCAGUCGAAGAGAAGAAAACCCAAUCGCCAUAGAAAGGGAGCACAUGUUCGACAAAGUUGUGACGCCAAGCGAUGUGGGGAAGCUCAAUCGCCUCGUCAUUCCAAAGCAGCACGCAGAGAAGUACUUUCCUUUGGAUUCUUCCACCAACGAGAAGGGGCUUCUGCUCAAUUUCGAGGACCGGAAUGGGAAACCAUGGAGGUUUCGAUACUCCUACUGGAACAGCAGCCAGAGCUAUGUGAUGACAAAGGGCUGGAGCAGAUUCGUCAAGGAGAAGAAGCUCGACGCCGGAGACAUCGUCUCCUUCCAGCGAGGCCUUGGGGAGUUGGGGAAAGACCGGCUUUUUAUUGACUGGCGGCGCCGCCCAGAUGUGCCUGAUCCCAUCCACCAUCACCACCCGCUUCAUCCUCAUCAUCAUCAUUACCAGCCCAAUUUCGCAAUCGCUCAUCAUCAUCAGCAGCAGCAGCAGCAUUUCUCCUGGAACCACCACCAACGCUCGGUUCCAUGGAGCCCGCUAUUGAUGAGGCCACCACCCGGGGGAGGACUCGUCCCCCGGGACCACUUGCAACACUUGUCCCAGCAGAUUAAUUACAGCAUGAAUAUGCAUCACCCGUAUCGAAAUACAGGGACAAGUAGCACUGCUGGUGGUGGUAGUGGCGGUAGUGGCGGAAGUUCUUAUGGUUACGGAAAUGUGGUUAGCUCUUCUGGACCAAUUUAUUAUCUGAGAUCGGCCUCUUCCGCUGCCCCACAUGAAUACGAGGGCAGCGGAUUAGGAUUACAACAACAACUGCAGCAGCAGCAGCAGCAACAGCAACAACAACAACAAGUACAGCUCCUGGGUCGGGUUCAUGAGCCGAAUAUGGUUUUGGAGUCGGUGCCUGUGGUCCACGGGAAGGCAGCAGCCAAGAGACUGAGGCUAUUCGGGGUGAACAUGGAUUGCCCCAUAUCGGAGUCGGAUCAUGAAUGUGACAUAUUGUCGUCGUCUUCAUCUCAAUAUCAUCAUGCUACAAUGGCAUCUCCCUCUCACCAACUUUCGCCUUCCUCACAACCCCCACUCCAAUUAAGGCUCUUUGAUGGCACGCCUCUGCCCUCAACUACAACAACAACAACUUCUGCUAGUACCACCACCGACUUUCUCAGCAUCGGAGGCAAGCACCAAGCUUCUUCUCCAUUCUCCAUGUCCUUGGAUUUUGACGUCUGACAACUCCAACAACAGCAUCUAACAAUGCCAAUAAAGACACAAGGGCAAAUUCAGAAGAGUUUCGGA